AUUUGAUGAUAAAAAAUGAUAAAAUUGUAUCACCUAUUUAAACCUCAUCAUCGGGUUAUGAUUAUGUAUAAUAUGUGAAUUCUUAUAUUUAGGUAUAUAGUGGUAGUUAUAUACAACUAUAAACAAAACAGUGGUAGUUCCCCAACAACUUUUGAUACAAAUACGAACCUCUGCUGGACGGUACCGUUAUUUGAGUUAAUUAACCAUGAAGUGGUGCGGAAUCAUUGUGAUUUUUUGCGUUGUUCUUGGUGCAGUAUCAUGUGCACCAACAAACUUCACAAGUAAGUGGCAUAGAUUUUUCUAUAGAAGUAAUUUUCUAUUGAAUAACUUAAAUAUUGUUUGUGGAAACGUAAUAUGUUAUUACACAGGCAGUUUUGGAAUCAAAGUAGCACCACCUGAAUCAAUAGACACAAACUUAUGCACCCACCUAAAUUAUGCAUUUGUAAAAAUAAAUGAAAAUGGAACCUUAAUCCACAAUAAAUAUGUAGAUAUUAAGAAGGAAAUGUAUAAACGAGUGGCAUCGCUUAAAAAAAUGAAUCCUAAACUGAAAAUUCUCAUAAGUAUUGGGGAUACACCUGCUGCAGUAUUUUCUGAAGUAGCUGCGGAUCCGGAUAAAAGACACAGCUUAAUACAAAAUACCAUUGACUUCCUUCGUUUACAUGGCUUUGAUGGAGUAGACGUUGACUGGGAAAAGCCUUACAGUAAGGAUGAGGAAAAUUUUAUUCAUCUCUUGAAAGAAUUUAAGAAGGCAUUGGAAACAAAAAACUACCUACUAAGUGUUGCAGUAUAUCCUUAUCCUGAUGCAGGUUAUAUUGUACCAAAAAUAACAGAAAAUGUUGAUAUGAUCAAUAUAAUGUGCUACAACUUUUAUGGCCCUUGGAGUAUUUACACUGGUCAUAAUGCAGCUCUCUUUGCUUCGCCAGUUGAAAGUGCUUAUGAGAGAAAUCAUCUGAAUACAGCCAUGGGUCUUCAAAACUGGUUAAAAGCAGGAGCCACUAAGGAAAAAGUUAACGUCGGAAUACCUUUCUAUGGACGAACCUUCACUCUUGCCGAUCCCAAUGAUCAUGGUUUUCAUGCUCCUAUUACUGGUUCUGGUAAACCAUCAACGGCAACAUAUAGGCAGAUCUGUUCAAACUUUGCGAAUUAUACCAGCGUAUGGGAUGAUACACAGAAAGUAUACUAUAAGUAUUAUGAGGAUCAAUGGCUAACUUAUGAAGAAGAAAGAUCAGUUAAAGAAAAGGCUAAGUAUAUUCGUUCACAAAAUGUUGCUGGCGCCAUGAUUUGGCAAAUAGGCCAAGAUGACAUAAAUGGUGAAUGUGGCCCGAAACAAGGAUUACUUCAAGUUGUGAACAAAUAUUUACACGAAGAUAAUAAUUGAUGUUGAAAUUAAUUUAGAUUAAAAUAAUUAUAGGUAGUUUCAUAGUAUCAUAACUCAUAGACUGCCUGUCAUGACAGUAUUCUAAUUUAUUAAUUUAAAUAUGUAAUUAAACAUUCAAGUUCAAGUAUUUCUUAUAAUUUUUAUACAUUUAAAAUAUAUAUUAUGUUAAACUAA